AUGGACCCCCCGCUGCUGCUCGCCCAGUCCGCCUCUCUGCGCGACAGCAUUGGCCCCACCUCGCUCUUCGCCGGCGCAAGACCUCUCUCGCCUGGCGUACACAUCGUCCCGCCGCUGAACCCGGACAGUCUCAAACGCAAAACCCGUACGCUGACUACCUUACGAGACCUCAACAACGGCAAUGAUGCUGACGAUGACGACGACGACGACGACGACGACGAUGGUGAUGGGGAUGGUGAUGACGAUGAUGACGAUGAGGAUAUCCAGAAUGAGGUCUACUACAAACCCAAGCUCGACACCAAUGGCGAUGAGGACGAUGACUACGACGAUGACGACGGCUACAUCGUCGACAACAUCAGCUCGUCCGUCGUCAACACUCAGACUGACUCCUGGCCGAUCAACACCGGUCACCAAUCACGCUGGCCCCGGAUCCUCAAAGCCCUUGCUGGAAAGAACGAUGAAAUAACCCCCGACACAGACAUGAGCCGGCACAAAAAGUCUUCAAAGCACUCAACCCACCCCGACUCUGCUGACCACCCCAAACGCCGCCGCUCGUCGAGCUGCAUGCCCAGCAACCACCGGUCAGAAAUCCUGCUCACCAUCCCCGCCAAGCAAAAGUCUACUUCGCCCUCAUUCCCCCCCGCCUCUGGUUUUUUCUCGACUCAUUCGCCCACCGCUCUAAACCCGUGCUCGCCAAAGCAAAGGGCUGCACGCAGCAGACGCGCUGAACCCACCCGGCUCAGACGUAGCGGUUACCCCGGCGGAUGGCCGUCGAUGGCUGACGGCGAACCCGCAGACGGCAAGCUGACUGCCCGGACACUGGGUGACGAUGAAGACAUUGACAUGAUGCUUUCCUCUGAGCUAGAGCUUGACGCGCAGGUAAUCGCGCCGUCGGGGUCGGAGUACUUUGUGCUGGAGAGGGAAGAGUCAGAGCGGCGGCGCAGUAGGAUGACUGAUUCAGACUCGCGGCGAGGGAGUGCAAAUGAUGACGAGGAGGAGGCUGAGGACGAGGAUGAUGAGCAGGAGGAUGCUGACGACGAUUCCGAGUACUUCCAGGAUUUUGGGUCGCUACUAAAAAGCCUGAGCGAAGACUCUGAAGACCUCAAGCAGUCAGAGCGGUCGUCCCCAAAGUUCUUUGCUGAUACCAAACAGUGUGACGAAGAGCCUAUCCGAGUCAUUGAGCGCACUUUUCAGGACGACGCACCGGUCGAAUACGACUACUGCUCGCUGGACGGUGAUAACGGGGAAGGAUAUCAGCUGGUCAAAGAAGUCAUUAGCUGA